AUGAUUUCACUGGCGAAAAUCAUCCUGCGACUCUUUUUAAUUUUGCUCCCUCUACUGAGCGGAGCACACUCCGAAUUCGAAGCCGAUGUCCGUUGGUCAUGUUCAGAAGACGUCGUCUCUGUAUUCGUCAGAACAAACCAACCAUUCGAAGGCAUCGUUCAAACCAGUGCAUCCACUUCUGAUGCCUGUCGUGUGCAAGGAUUCGGUACCAAUGUUGCUGUUCUGAAAUUGAAUUUAAAAUCAGAUGAAUGUGGUAUCAAAUAUGACGUGACAAGUCGGACACACUCGGUUACUGUGGAUGUUCACUCCCAUCCGGUUUUAAUUGUCGAAGGAGACAAAUCGGUGAACAUCACAUGUCGAGAAAUGAUCAAUGGCACACAACAUUUUAUGAGUCAGAUGAAUACACAAACUACUCCGGAUUAUGAACUGCGAAUUUUGUCGAGUCGACUUCCAGUGGACACCGUGAAAUAUUCACAGCCGUAUACUCUCCAGAUCCGUCCGUUCCCCAACCCGUCUCAAAAUGCCUACUCGUUCUUCGUUGGUCAAUGUACUGCCCAACCGGUCGGUGGAAACGUCACUGUUCAACUCACCGAUCCAGUCGGAUGUGCACUUUUCAAAUCAAUCAUGGGUCACUUUGCCCGACGAGAAUCGGUGGAAGAAGCUGAAAUUCCAUCAAUGUUCCGGUUUCCCAAUGCAAAGCAACUUCAAAUCUCUUGCAUUGUGACAGAUUGUGAUGGAAAGUGUGAAGCAAGGACAUGUGAUUCGGAUGCUUCUGCAUCAUCACUUUUAGAAAGAACUACUGCAAGUACAGAGUCAGAAGAGUUUCAGAGAGUGACUGUUAUUGUGAAUUUGGAAGAGGAAAAAGUGGAAAUGGUGAAAGUAGAAGAGCCAUUAAUAUCAGAAGCAGUUCAUGAUCAAGAAGUAAUAGUACACCAUGUGGCAAGAGAUGCUGAGACUCCGCCCCCAAAUCUAAUAGUACAGAAAAAUCGAGACGACGUGGUUCAGAGUGAAUGCAUCUCUGAGCAUGAGUUCAACUUGCUCUAUUAUCUGUGUAUUUUCUUAGCUGUCUGCUCUAUCCUCGGAUUCACAAUGAACAUUGUGCUGGCAUUGAUGCUGAAACGGAGAUCUGACAAAUCUGCAAAACGAAAACCACUCCCCGUGGAACAGCUUCAGAUACCAAAGUCUACAGUCACUCCGCCGGACUUUUGGAUUAUUGAAAAUGCAAAAGAAACUGAAGAACCGGAACCAAAUUACUAUGCUGCAAGACGAGACUCAUUCUCUUCGUAUGCUUCGAAACCCAACCGUCGAAUCAUCCCAGUAGCAUCAGAAUAUGGAGUCCCAGCGUCAAGGAAUUCAGAUGCGUCGUCUUCCGAGGAUAGAAGUAGCAAUGAGAUUUAUAGGUAA